AUCCGCUUCUCUGGACCCCACCGUCUGCCCCCCCUUUCCGUCCUCCAAACUUCCAGCUCCCCGCGAAUUCAUCCAAAAGAAGUUCCUUUCGAAGAAGAGAAAUCCGAGAAGGAAAACUUUUUUGUUGGGGGGGAGAUAAAGACAAAUGACAGGGUCUCCAAUAACGCCACAGAACGAGAGAAGCACAUCGUUGAUGGACAACUUGUUGGGUCUGCUGCGGAUUCGCAUCAAACGAGGCGUUAACCUUGCCGUUCGUGAUGUCCGAAGCAGCGAUCCCUACGUUGUUGUUAAGAUGGGCAGACAGAAACUGAAGACUCGUGUAAUAAAGAAGGAUGUUAAUCCUGAGUGGAAUGAAGAUUUAACUCUUUCCAUAACAGAUCCUAGUCUGCCAAUCAAGCUGACUGUGUAUGACCAUGACACGUUUAGCAAGGAUGACAAAAUGGGAGAUGCAGAGUUUGACAUCAGGACAUAUAUAGAAGCCUUGAAAAUGAAUUUGGGAGAAAUCCCAAGUGGAACCAUAAUAUCAAAAGUGCAACCAGGCAGGAACAACUGCCUGGCUGAAGAGAGCACCAUUGAUUGGAAGGAUGGGAAGGUUGUCCAAGACAUUUGCCUCAGAUUGAGAAAUGUGGAGUGUGGUGAAGUAGAAAUUCAACUUCAGUGGAUUGACCUUCCAGGCUCUAAAGGUUUAUGAAGUUGAUGAUUGCUGUUAUGUCUGGCUUCUGUCUUGUAUAUUUUAUGGCAGCUUUCCGGAGCUUCCACCAUUGAAUGUCCUGUGAGUUCAUGGUGAGGUUGGUUUGUUCUUUGAACUGUUGUAUGUGUAGACAAAUCUGUCAAGUAGUAUUGGAUUUGUAGCUCAUCUAUAGGAUUGAACAAAUUUCGGUUUAUCUCAUCAUGGAUACCAAGUGAAGUAAUUACACUUUGAUCUUUGUAAUUUACUGAACCUAAUGGCAUUGCCAGCAACUAUUAGCCCAUCAUCUUCAAGGUGAUAAAAUUUAGUCUGCUUUGGU